CGCAUGGCGAUAAAGGAUUUACAGCGAUCCAGCGAGAGGCUUGCUGCCGCGGAGAAGGCCAAGACUGCUCUUGAGCAGCUCAUGAACAAGAAGGAGGUUGCUCAGGACAAAGACAAAGAGCCGGAGACGCCCAAGGCCCGUACUAGCGAGUUCAAGCCGAUCACCAGUGCCCUGGAGCAGAGUCGUGUCAAGAUCUCGGAACAGGAGUCCGAGAUCAAGCACCUCCGCAACCAGCUGAGCCAAGCCACCCAAGGGAUCGUUGGACCAUCCGAGCAGUUGCUUAAGGAGCAGGCUAAAGAUCUGCGGGAGCUGUUGGAGAAAGAAAAACGGCAGCGAACAGAGGAUCAGAUAAAUUGGGACAAGCUGACCCGCGAGCUAGAGGAAAAGACGCGGAAGUUGCGCAUUUCGCAGUCGAAUGACAACCCAGCGCUGGUUCAGCGCAGGCGUCGGCCACCUGUGCACUGAUUUCCUGCGGGGGACGGCCUCUGGAUCCGGG